CCGACUGCAGACGAGACAUUCCGACGGGAGCAGAGCAAGAGGGAAGACGACCAUAAUUAAUUAACGCGCAUUUUGGUCACAUUUGUAUGGCAGAGACACUACCUGGAAAUAACUGACUUCGCGUCACAACUUUGUCAUUUUUGGUAGAGCAGCAGCUGCUAAAAGAACAGGAGAGACGGCAAACCAGGACUGCUCUAGUGGAAAUAUAAUCUGAAAGCUCCAUUUGCCUUUCCCUCUGCAGUUCAACACCAUUCAGACGCGCACUAUCCAACGGACUUGGUGCGAUUCCUCUCGGACUGCUGGACCACCGCUAUAACUGUAGGCUCUUGCCAAGCCGUCGGUCGACUUCCGUGGGACUGUUGCUUAUUGCAUUUUCAUAUUACCCGGCGUGAACUGGAAGAUCCAAUCAUUACACUAAAAAGGGACAAAAGAGGGACAAUGGUGAACCCAGGAGGAAGUACCCAGCCACCGCCCGUGGGAGCCGGCUCCCUCUCGUGGAAGCGCUGUGCCGGCUGCGGAGGCAAGAUCGCCGACCGCUUUCUGCUCUACGCCAUGGACAGCUACUGGCACAGCCGCUGCCUCAAGUGCUCCUGCUGCCAGGCCCAGCUGGGCGAGAUCGGCACCUCGUGCUACACCAAGAGCGGCAUGAUCCUCUGCAGAAACGAUUACAUCAGGUUAUUUGGGAACAGUGGGGCGUGCAGUGCGUGCGGACAGUCCAUCCCAGCGAGCGAACUGGUCAUGCGGGCACAAGGCAACGUGUACCACCUCAAGUGUUUCACGUGUUCUACCUGCCGGAACCGGCUCGUCCCCGGUGACCGGUUCCACUACAUCAACGGCAGCCUGUUCUGCGAACACGACAGACCCACAGCACUCAUCAACGGGCACUUGAGUUCACUGCAGACGAAUCCACUACUGCCAGACCAGAAGGUUUGUUAGGAGGAGGCUUGCAGCAGGAAGCAGGAUGUGUGCCUUCAUUUCAGCCCUCGCUCACCCUCGUGCUCAAGACGUCUCGGAACCCCUGCCCCCCCCCCACCCCCACCCCCGCCUGCCCGCUGGCUGUCCAUCCGCUGCUCCCCCUGCUCCGUGCCCUGGUCUCUGGUCAACUCCUCGCUCUCCAGAAUCUCCUCGCCCGAGCCGGCCCUACAGAACUCCGCUGCUUCAGCACCUUCAGCAGCCCCGGCAGUCGAGCCGCCCAGGCAACUACCCCGAGCCCCAUGGCCUGCCGAGGUCCAGCAGAACCCUGACCCCACUCCCUCUCUCCCUGUGCCCCCCUUCACACACACUAUACACACAUUUUCAAUCGCAAACAGACCCCCUCCCACACACACACACACACGCCAUAUGAGGCUCUGUGCAAAUGUGCACUGGAGAGAACUCUCUGAGGACUCCAUGAACCUGGACUCAAAAGAGACUGCUCAGAGCCAGAGGAACUCCGACACACGGAGAGAGAGAGAGAGAGAGAGAGAGAGAAAGAGGUC